AUGCAUUUAAACCACUGCUUCUUCAUUAAUAUCACUUUAACUGCAGUUCUCAGACCUACUCUUUAUAGCCGGCUAAUAGGCCUAAAAAGGCAGCUAGAAAGGCUAAAUUAG